ACGGUUACUACUUACUAGUUACUACUCCACUUGAUACUUAAAUCCCCCAGUCUCCGAGUAACUUUGGCCUAAGGUGGAAGAAGAAAAAAAAUGGCAGCACUGGAAGCUGGUAGGAAUGCCGCUUAUGGAUCACCGGAGAAUCCAAAACCAGCCUUCAAAUCGCCAGAAAAACGCCGUACUAACAAAUAUGCACUCUGUUGUGCAACCUUAGCUUCCAUGUCUUCGGUUUUAUUGGGUUAUGAUAUUGGAGUGAUGAGUGGAGCUGCAUUGUCCAUCAAAGAGGACCUCCAUAUAAGCGACACACAAAUAGAAAUCCUAAUUGGGACUCUCAGCAUUUACUCUCUUAUUGGAUCAGCGGCGGCUGGACGAACCUCUGAUUGGAUCGGACGUCGCUACACCAUAGUUUUCGCGGCUGUGAUCUUCUUCGUAGGAGCCUUAAUGAUGGGUCUCGCCAUAAACUAUGCCUUCCUCAUGGUAGGUCGCUUCGUGGCCGGUAUAGGCGUUGGCUACGCUCUCAUGAUCGCUCCUGUCUACACCGCCGAGGUGUCACCCGCUUCGUAUCGAGGCUUUUUAACAUCCUUUCCCGAAGUCUUCAUCAACUUUGGAGUCUUGCUUGGCUACGUUUCCAACUACGCCUUCGAUAAGCUUCCACUCCAUUUGGGCUGGCGUCUCAUGCUCGGUGUGGGAGCGAUUCCGUCGGUGUUGUUGGGGAUUUGUGUACUCACCAUGCCCGAGUCACCGCGUUGGCUUGUUAUGCAGGGUCGACUCGGUGAUGCUAAACGGGUUCUCGAUAAGACCUCCGAUUCCAAGGAGGAGGCCCUGCUAAGACUCGCCGAUAUCAAGGAGGCAGCAAGGAUUCCGGAGGAAUGCAACGAUGAGAUCGUGGCUGUUCCAAAACUGAGCCACGGCGAAGGUGUAUGGAAAGAGCUCCUCCUCCGCCCCACACCGUCAGUGCGACGUGUCUUGAUCGCAGCCGUUGGUAUUCAUUUCUUCCAACCAGCGACUGGGAUUGGUGCCGUAGUGUUGUACAGCCCACGGAUCUUCGAGAAGGCGGGGAUCACCAGUAAGAGCAAGAAGCUCGCAGCAACCGUGGCCGUUGGAUUUACGAAGACUAUCUUUGUCUUGGUGGCCACCUUCUUCGUAGACAAGUUUGGACGGCGACCUCUGCUUCUGAGCAGUGUGGGAGGGAUGACUAUCUCAUUGGUUAGUAUCGGAUUCGGGUUAACGAUGGUGGAUACUCACCCGCAUGAGAAUAUGGGGUGGGCCAUGGCGCUGUGCGUAACGAUGGUGAUGGUCUACGUGGCGUUUUAUGCGAUUGGGGUGGGGCCUGUCACGUGGGUGUAUUGCUCGGAGAUCUUCCCGUUGAGGCUGAGAGCGCAGGGGUCGAGUUUCGCCGUGGCUGUGAAUCUGGUGACGGCUGGGGUGCAGGCCAUGACCUUUAUAUCGCUGUACAAAGUUAUCACCAUCGGUGGAGUCUUCUUCUUGUAUGCCGGAAUAGGAACUCUGGCAUUUAUAUUCUUCUUUGUAUUCCUGCCGGAGACGCGAGGGAAGACCCUGGAAGAGAUGGAGGGGGUGUUUGGCAAGUUCAACUGGAGGGCCUCCCUCAAUAACAACAAAGGCACUAGCCAGGGCAAACAAGCCACAGCCACCACUAAUGGUGACGUUCAGUUAGGCACUAGAGGAUAGGUGUCGUAAUAUAAUAAUGAUAAUGACUUGAGAACCAAUAACUUAUCUCAAAUGUUGUUCAUGUAAUCAUUCCAAAGCCUUGGUUGUACUGGAACAACGACUGUUUUUUUUUCUUCCCCUUUAAUAGUGGAGGUUAUUUUUGUUUUCU